UCGCCUCCAGACGCGCCGCAGCACGCGUGGGAGCAAAAGAAGCUGCCCGCGAGCUCGUCGGCGCCACCCGACGCCCUCGCCGCGGCAGCAGUCCGCGAAAUCAUCGUCGCGAGCCGCAAGCUCCUCGACCACCCAAGGAGCUGCCCCGCCCUCGGCAAAAGACCCACCAUGGACGAGCCCGAGCUGAACAUCGACGAGAAGGCCCAGCGCCAGUAUGAAUUGGUGGAAGCUUUGGUCGGCCGCAUGCAGCGCAUCUCGGCGAAGUCCACGGAGCGACUCCAAGGUUGCCGAGACGACCGCGACUGCUGGACGGACAAGUGCAGCCACGACAUCUCGACGAUCGAAGAUGAUAUCCGGGCGGAGAUGGGCCGGACCAAAAAAAGGCACAAGUCCAAGUUUUUACCUUCUGAUGGUGGUUCUCCCACAGUGACAUGGAGGCAUGCAAGAGAAACAGAUAAAGGCAAGCAGCUCGAAGAGACCAUCAACGAAGGCGUCGGGCACUUGUUUGCCGACGCGGGCACGAAGAAGUGGCGCAAGCCAUCGUUAGCUGGCGUCGGGAGCGUGGGCGGCGGCGACCGGCGCGCGCGCGCGAGGUGUGAAAAACGAUUAGCUCGCAAUUGCGAGCCCUACAUCAUGAGGAGCGUGGACAAGCUCACCUACCUCACGCCGGAGGACGCCGAGGCGUUUGAAAGAAAAUCAUUGGAUGAGGCCUCGGACUCGGGCGACGACGAAUUGCAGAGGAGGCAACGGCUGCCGCCGGGCAGCGAGCGCUUCCCGAUCCACGUCGCCGCCACCGAGAUGAACCCCAAGCUCCUACUAACAUACACGUGCGAGGGCAUGGUGUUACCCUCCGGAGCGCGCGUCUUUAAGAGGUUUGCGACGUGCCAGCUGUCGUGCCAUUUAUUCGUGUACAUGUACUGGUACGGCCACUGCCGCUUCUUCCAGGAAGACUCGGCGAAGGAGCAGGCCCACUUACUAAGGAGGGUCGCGACGUUAUAUGUGCGACUGCUGUCGGACGAGCGCUUCGCGAAGAACCGGGACUUCUUCUUCCGCUACUACCCUUAUGCGAUUGCGGCGUCCAUAAGCGCGGGGUUCCACUACUUGUGCCCCGGGUCGCGGAACAUGUACACGACGACGUUGAAGCGGCUGCUGUAUCGGCAAUGCGUCACCAUCCUUACAGGAGCGGACUGCUGCGCCGAGUCCGUCAUAGCGAUGAGGGAUCAGAUCCUCCCGGACGAAAUUGAUAAUGAUGGAGACGCGGCGCCGUCGUUGCCUCCGUUGACGGUGCCGGACUCGGAUGACGAACAUAGUAUCGAGGUCGACGCCUUCCUCGAAGAUCACCAAGACGUGGAGAGCGUCCCGGAGGUGCCUACGAUCAUCCCGGCGUCGAUGGCGUCGACGAUCAUUUUUGAUGGACCGCCUGUGGAAGAAGAGGGUGAACUGGUCGCGGCGCGGCGCACCGGAGGCGGGAAGCAGCUCGAGGCCUGGGAGCAGCGGGAGAUCAAGCGGAGGGCGCCUCCCCCAGAACCCGUCACGAGCUUGGUCGGAGCCCGGGAAUCGCUCCGAUUCGGGCCCGCGCUGCCGGAGGGCCGGAAGACGCUCUUACCAAGGCAGCCGCGGGGGCGCUUCGACGCGGCCGCGCGGUCGAAGCUGUUGGACCAGUUCAUGGAGAAGCCGCGGUUGGGGCGAUCACAAAACGUCGACCGCACGGAGCCCGUGCCCUGGUGCAAGACCGGCGGCGUCGUCACGCACGUCGCCGCGCCGCGCAAAAAGGCGUCGCGCGUCCAUUCCGAGUUGGUGAAGGAGAUCGAUGCUGCCAAAAAAGCGUUCGUCCGGGAUCUCGCCCAGAACAUGUCCAAUCAUCGGCAAGGCAUUAAGGAUUUGGAGGACGACGAGCGGCGGGUGAAUCGGGGCGGCGCGGCGGCGAAGGGGAGGUAUGCCUUGGACCGCGUCCUGGACUUCAUCGCC